AUGGCAUCUGGUAAAUCUCUUGGCAUUAAAAAGGUUAGGGAUAUGGACUUUCCUCUGUUGAUUUUAUGCUUGAGCUCCUUGCCAUUCUCUCGCGUUAUGGAUUACUACUGUAGGUUACGAUUGUUGAAGAUGGUCUGGUUACAGGAGAUCCAGAUCGACUGGAUGAUCCAUGGGGAUAUUGGACCAUCUCCCGCUCCUGUUGAGAUUACCGAGUUCCAGUUGAAAUCUCGGAUGAGGGGAUCUAGUGCUUGA